UUCUAACCCCCUGACAUUUCAGGGUUUCAGGUUUUGCGUUGUUUCGUGGCAAUUGGGAUCAACGAAAAGGUUAGGUCCUUGAGUUGGAAAACGCGAUCUCUAGGGCGAUCUGGUCGUCGAACGUGCAAAUGUCCACCCCGGAAGUGAAUACCCCAGAGGAUACGUUGUCGAUGGUUGUCAAGCUUUCAUCCCACAAUGGAGAGGAAAAGCUCCGUAAUGAGAGGACCGGGCGACUGAUUUAGAGGGUGCAGAGGAAAUGGAGCCCCCGUUGGAGUGAAAGAACGUUCAGUGGUCUCCUGGCUUAAAGGCUGCCAGCUUCGCAGAGCUCUCCGAGGAGCUGAGAUUUUCAUCGUUCCUCCAUCGUAAGCACAGUGUACACCAUGGUGCACAUACCGAGUGCUUAUGCCUACAACUUCUGGGCAAAAACCCCUACAGAGGUGGUAGAGCUCACGUGUCUUAUGCCCAAUGGAGUCGUUAUUCCAUUUGAGACAAAUCGCAACACUACGCUCGCUGAGAUCAAGGAGGAUCUCUGGGACGAAGCUAGCAAAUAUCCAUUGCACGGGACAUUGAGGGAUGCCCCGUCGUAUGUUUUCUCUUGUAUUAAUGCCAAUGCAGAGGCUGAAGAGUUGCAGGACGAAAGCAGACGACUCUGUGACAUUAAGCCCUUUUGCUCGGUGCUCAAGGUUAUCGAGCGCGAAGGUGUGAAGGGCGAUAGGAACCUAGACUCACAGAUUGGUUUACUGAUCGGCAAAGGCUUACAUGAAUUCGCUGCGUUAAAGAAUUCGGAAGUAAAUGACUUCCGCUGGAAAAUGAGAGUACUCGGAGACGAAAUUUCCCUCAGUAGACAGAAGAAAUCGUGGGUAGAGAAAGUGCAAUAUCAGUUUCCUUCGAGACUAGCUCAAAGUUCUGCGAUACCUAAGAACAUCGAGUCCAGGCUAAAGGAUGGGAACAUUGUUCUGGUUACUAAGUUUGAGAAUACAGAGACGGCGUUUACGUUCCAAAUCUCCCACACGACAACUCCAUAUCAAUUGCUGGUUCUGAUUUUGAACAAAAGAGCGAACACCUUAAUGUCUCGAGGAGAAAGACCUAAUGACUUUACGUUGAAAGUGUGUGGCCAAGAGGAGUACCUCAUCGGAGAAUAUCCACUUAUUAAAUUUAGCUACAUACAGGAGUGUAUAGCGAGAGAUACUACACCUACGUUAGUGACGUUGGGUAUAGACAGCAUCCCUGUGGAUCAGGAAGGCCCUUUCGAGAACCCUGAGUCGGAUAAUCUGAAACGUACAAGACCUCCCUUUUCGACGCUGACUCUGAGAAAGAAGGGCAAGCAUAUCUCUGCGUGGAAAAUCGAGGAUCAAUUUGUAUUCAAUGUGAAUGGGAUCUCCAGAUUGAACUGCGAUGCAGCUCAUCGCACUGUUGAGAUUGGGCUACAAGCUGGCCUCUUUCACGGUGGGAAGUCCCUUUGCGAGAGCCAGAAAACCAAAGAAACCAUAGUGAGCUCAGAGGGCAGUUGCGAGUGGGAGGAGACUCUGAAAUUCGACAUUAAGGUUAGGGACAUCCCUCGUAUGGCGCGGCUAUGCUUUGUCCUGUACGAAAUAAGCAAGACUGCAAAGGGCUUGAAGAGCAGAAGAUUGGUCAAAGACUCCAAGCAAGAAUUUUUUAUUAAUCCGCUAUGUUGGGCCAACACGACCAUAUAUGACUUUAAGUCGCAGCUGAAGACCGGAGCCAUGACCCUGUACACUUGGACCUACGCAGAGGACAUGCAGAACGAAGACUUGUUACAUCCAUUAGGCACCGUAGUGUCCAAUCCCCACAUUGAUCGAGCUGCUGCGCUGAUGUUGACGUUUCCAAACUACGGUAAGGACAAGUCUGUGCUGUAUCCCUCUCCGGAGAAGAUGGUCGAGUACGCUUCAAAGUUGAGAGAGACAUCGGAGGAUCAAACCUUCGAAGAGGAGGCCACCCAUGAGUCGGCUACUUUACAGCAACUGGAGCUACUGCGCUCUUUGGCUGAUCGAGAUCCUCUGCACGAGUUGCACGAACAGGAGAAAAAGACGAUGUGGAACUUGCGGCAUCAUUGUCUUCAGAAAAUACCUUCGCUAUUGGCCAAGCUUCUACAGUGUGUCGAGUGGAACGACCACAGGGAAGUGGCCGAAGCUACAGCUUUGGUGCAGCAGUGGCCCAAGCUACCGGUAGAAAAGGCUCUUGAGCUGCUUGAUUAUGCUUAUGCGGAUCAAAAUGUAAGAAGCUUUGCAGUUCGCUGCUUGAUGGAUGUCAGCGACGAUGACCUGAGUCUUUUCCUGCUGCAACUAGUGCAGGCUCUGAAGCAUGAGAAUUAUCUUUCUUGUGACUUGACGGAGUUUCUGCUUCGGCGUGCACUAAACAACCAGAGGAUCGGACACUUCCUCUUCUGGCAUUUAAGGUCCGAAAUGCAAGUGGGUGCAGUCUCCGUGCGGUUCGGUCUGAUCCUGGAGGCGUAUUCUAGGGGCAGUCAGCAGCACAUGCGUGUAUUAUUUAAACAAAUGGAUUGCCUAGACAAAUUGAGAACUGCUUCGGAGCAGAUCAAGCAGAAGAAAGAUCGUAAGGCUGCCCUGCAGGGCUUUGAAGACUUCAUCCAGGACCCUCACUGCCAGGAGGCCCUGGGGAAUGUUCUGAACCCCCUCGAUCCAAGCUACCGAUGGAGGAAAAUAAGAGUGGAUAAAUGCCGGGUGAUGGAUAGCAAAAUGCGACCUCUGUGGUUGGUCUUCGAGAACGUGGACAACUUCGGUGACGACAUUUACUUGAUUCUGAAACACGGGGACGAUCUCAGGCAAGAUAUGCUGACCCUGCAAAUGCUGAGGAUCAUGGAUAAGCUGUGGAAACAGGAGGGCCUGGAUCUGAGGAUGAAUCCUUACGGAUGCAUAUCCAUGGACAACAGACUGGGCAUGAUAGAGGUGGUUCUCAAUGCGGAGACCAUAGCCAAUAUCCAGAAGGAAAAGGGCAUGUUCUCGGCGACAGCCGCCUUUAGGCGAGGAUCCUUGCUGGCUUGGCUCAAGGAUCACAACCAUUCGGAGGCUGCGCUCAACAAAGCCAUCGAAGAGUUCACCCUGAGCUGUGCUGGCUAUUGCGUGGCCACAUACGUCCUCGGCAUUGCUGAUAGACACUCGGACAACAUCAUGGUCAAGAAGACCGGUCAACUCUUUCACGUGGACUUUGGCCAUAUCCUGGGUCACUUCAAGGAGAAGUUCGGCUUCCGGCGAGAACGCGUGCCCUUUGUCCUGACCAAUGACUUCGUCCAUGUGAUUAACAAAGGCCAGACGAAGAAGGGACAGGCUGUGGAGUUUCAGAGGUUCCAGAGCCAUUGCGAGCAAGCCUUUUUGGUCCUCCGCAGACACGGCGGGUUAAUACUCUCGCUGUUCGCCAUGAUGAUCUCGACGGGGCUGCCCGAGCUGUCCUCGGAGAAGGACCUAAAUUACCUGAGGGACACCCUGGUCCUAGAGAUGUCGGAGAACGAGGCUCAGAAACACUUUCGUAGCAAGUUCGAUGAGGCCCUCUGCAACUCCUGGAAAACCUCGCUGAACUGGGCCUCCCAUAACAUGGCUAAGAACAACAAGACGACGUAAACGAGGUCCUUCCCCGUUUCCUUCAGUCGGGAUAAACUUAGGGAGGUUCAUGCCGGGCCUUGAGAUCAACUAACUAAAGGAGAGCUCUAAGGGACCCCCAGGAACCGUACUAUUAGCGAAAUCUCGUGGACCGGCAUUUGGCGCGGGGCCAAGGGCAAGACUUGGUUCCUUUUUUGUUCGACCUCGAGGCUCCCGAGGAAGCUCCAGUGGACCCGACGUGCGUGGAAACUGGAAUCCUUAACCAUGUACUUCGGUCUCUUUAAGGUGACGUGAAAGUGCCGUCAAGGCGUUCUCGAUCAUGAUACUUUUCUCCAAACUGGGUGCAUUGAAUUGAUUCAAAUUUGACUAUAUAAAUAUGAAUAGGGUAUGAGAAAGGUCCUAAAACUCAUGAAAUUUCAAUUUUUUUUUAAUUUGUUCAUAGAUACCUUUUAACACUAGAUCUCCUAAGACGGGUCAAAAUGACUUGUUUCAAAUGGCUCAUCAUGUACAAAAAAAAUCUGCCGGUCGUUCUAGUGUUAAAUUU